AUGAUUAUCCCCAUCAGAUGCUUCUCGUGCGGUAAGGUCGUCGGGGACAAGUGGGAGACGUACCUUGAGUACCUCCAGGACGAACACAUCACCGAAGGGGACGCGUUGGACAAGCUCAAGUUGAAGCGCUACUGCUGCCGGCGGAUGGUGUUGACUCACGUCGACUUGAUCGAAAAGUUUUUGCGGUACAACCCGUUGGAAAAGAAGGAAAUUAACUAG